UCUCUCUCUCUCAUCUCUAUCCUCUCACUCAUUCACACCAUCUUCCGUGGCAUAGGCUGGUAGUAUAGUCAACAUGUCCGGCUUCGAUCCAUCUCGCGUCUACAGCAUCUCGGUGCUACCUGGGGAAUCCCAUCCCGAGUCCCCGAGUGCCAUUGAAGAUCAAUUCUACCAAUUCUUAUCCGGAUACAGGGUCGGAGGCGAAUUUAUCUAUCGAGACAGGCUCAGAUCGAGUCUGUUGAUGCACCAUCACUCUCUCGAAGUGGAUCUAGGAGAUCUGGGAGCAUGGAACGAAGAAUUAGGUCAGAAAGUCCAAGGACAGCCUGGCGAAGUCAUCCCAUUGCUUGAAUCUGCCCUGACGCGGCUCGCUCGUGCUCUGCUCCAUCCGACGGCGAAUGAAGCUGAGUUAAGCAGGACGGCUGCAGAGUCUGUCCCAGCGAUGCAGGUCGUCUUGAAGAGUGGGAUGAACUUGUUGCAAUUCAGGGAUCUCACCGCCAAUACACUCACCACCCUCGUCCGACUCCCUGGUAUCGUCAUCAACGCCUCUCAAAUCUCGUCCAGGGCUACCGAAUUGCACUUGCAAUGUAAAGGGUGCAGAAGUGUCCAAAUCGUCAAGGUUCCAAGUACACUUGGUGGUGAAAAGGCGGCGUUGCCACGGAGAUGCAUGGUGCCCGCGCCUGAAGGACAGAAGAAGGACUGUCCCCUUGACCCUUUCAUCAUCCUCCAUGAUCGAUCUACAUUCUGUGAUCAACAGACGAUCAAAUUGCAAGAAGCGCCAGAUAUGGUUCCUGUGGGAGAGCUCCCAAGGCACAUGACAGUACAUGCCGAAAGAUAUUUGACAGGUAAAGUGGUACCUGGCUCUCGCAUAAUCGCUACCGGUAUCUACUCGACUUUUGCGCCGUCCAAAGGAAAAAGCACAGCUGGAGCGCCCGCCCUCAGGCAACCGUACCUACGCCUGCAGGGCAUCGAACUUGAUAGCUCAUUAUCAUCACCGGGGUCCAAGGCUUUUACACCAGAAGAAGAGGAAGAAUUUCAGCAGCUUGGAAGGAGUGAUAAUCUUUACGAGAGGUUUGCGAGCAGUGUCGCGCCGUCCAUCUAUGGCAAUCUUGAUAUCAAGAAAGCCGUCGUCAGUCUUCUUUUCGGAGGGAGCAAGAAGAUUCUACCGGACGGUGCGAGAUUGCGUGGUGACAUCAACGUGUUGCUCCUCGGAGAUCCCGGAACUGCCAAGUCACAGUUGCUCAAAUUUGUGGAGAAGGUCGCGCCGAUAUCCGUGUACACAUCUGGAAAAGGUUCAUCAGCAGCCGGUCUGACGGCCUCAGUGCAGCGGGACCCUGCCUCGCGCGAAUUUUACCUCGAAGGAGGUGCCAUGGUCCUUGCUGAUGGAGGUGUCGUCUGCAUUGACGAGUUUGAUAAAAUGAGGGACGAAGAUCGAGUAGCCAUCCACGAAGCCAUGGAACAACAGACCAUCUCUAUUGCCAAAGCGGGUAUCACGACCAUGCUCAAUAGUAGAACAUCAGUUCUUGCAGCUGCCAACCCUGUCUUUGGACGGUACGAUGACAUGAAGUCACCAGGCGAGAAUAUCGACUUCCAGACCACCAUUCUGAGUCGAUUCGACUUGAUCUGGCUUCUCAAAGACGAGCAUAAUGAGGCGAGGGAUAGGACGAUCGCCAAGCACGUCAUGAACAUUCACAUGAACAAGGAGAUUGACCAAGAGGUCGAAGGGGAGAUUGACAUUGAGCGGAUGAAGCGAUACAUCACUUAUGCCAAGUCACGCUGUGCGCCGAGGUUGACGCCUGAAGCUGCGGAGAUGCUCAGCAGUCAUUUCGUCUCGCUCCGAAAACAGGUGGCUCAAAUUGAACGGGACAAUGAUGAAAGGUCUUCCAUCCCCAUUACCGUCCGUCAACUCGAAGCCAUCAUCCGAGUCUCUGAAUCCAUUGCCAAAGUCUCGCUCUCACCAACCGUCUUACCGCAUCACGUUGAAGAAGCCAUUCGCCUGUUCAAGCAGUCUACGAUGCACGCUGUAGCUGCGGGAUCAGUAGACGGCAUGUCCAACUCUGAGCUCAGGGGUCAGAUGGAAUCCAUUGAAAAGGAGUUGAAGAGGCGUCUGCCGAUCGGAUGGAGUACUUCCUAUGCGAGUCUCACACGGGAGUUUGUCACUCAGCAAGGGUACUCUCAGCAUGCGUUGGAGAAAUGUCUGUACGUUUUGGAGAAGAGGGAAGUGGUGAGAUUCUCCGGACAACGAAAGGUCGUACAUCGUUCUGGAGUAUAACCAGGGUAAAUUCGCAUGUAAGGGUACUCGGGGACUAGAUGUAAUGCGUGAUGUAUCAAGAUAUGCAGAUA